AUGAUCCCGGCACAGACGGGCAGCAUUUUAUUCACUUCACGCUUUGCUUCGGUGUGUUAUGGGGCUAUGCUCCCAUACGCAUAUGCUGUGUCAAAACAUGCUCUGGUUGGACUUACUAAGAACUUGUGUGUAGAAUUAGGGCAAUAUGGAAUUAGAGUUAAUUGCAUUUCACCAUUUGGUGUGGCGACUCCAUUAUUAAGGAAAGGAUUGGGAGGGAUCGACCAGAAGACGGUGGAGGAGUUCAUUUGUACAUCAGCGAACUUGAAGGAGGCAGUGCUGAAAGCAAAUGAUGUGGCAGAGGCAGCACUGUAUUUGGGUGGUGAUGAUUCCAAGUAUGUUAGCGGACUAAAUUUGGUUAUCGACGGUGGCUAUAGCACCACCAAUGUGGCCGUAAGAGAGCAAAUGAAAGAAUAUUUUGGUUAA